AUGACUCGAUCCGGAGCAUCUUCAUCAUUGGAGACGUUGUCACCGAAGAGUAACCAUACGACCACUACCACUGUUAAAAGGCCUUCAUCAUCAUCAUCCGUUUCUUCAUUGUCCGAGUCGGUUGAAUUGUCUCCUGCAUGCUCAUCCAAUCAUAACAACCAUUCAGAAAAGAAUAAUUUAAAAAAGCGAAUACACAAUGCGAUAAAAAAGCAUGAUGAUACUCCUCUCAUAACAACUCCAUGCGGAAACAUUUUUGACCACAAAUAUUCGGAAAUGAAUAAUCUUCAUUAUUAUUCAAAAAUUGAACAACGAAAUUUAUACAUGGAAAGCGGCGGAACAAUAAGAAAACAGUUAUUACACGUUCAACAUGAAGAAAUUGUAAAACUGAACGAAUUCAGGAAACGAACUCGAUCGAUAUUAGCCCCAUUUGGAGAUUUUGAAAUUCGACAAGAAAUUGAGAAAUUUUCGUAUGAGGACACGCUUUCACAUCCUUAUUUCUUGGGAAGAAAAAUGGUAUUACCACAUUCUUCUGGUGAUGACGAGACCGAUGAAGAGAGUGGUCAUUCUUGUUCAAGCCCUGAGGUCUUGGUUGUCAUUUCUUGCUCUUCUGACGAGGAGAGUGUGAAUUUUGAUGCUGAUAGUGACUCUGAACAGAAAAUAUGGAUUAAGGUUGAAAAUCAAACGGUCUCGUGGUCUUCGUCAUCUUCAGAAGAAGAAGUACGUAUUACACGAAGCUCCAAACGAAAAAAGCUUAACAAUGCAAAGAAAAAGGAAGUUAACAAACCAGAACCAUGUGUUUACUCACCAAUAGUUAAGAGCUCAGAUAUUUUUGGGAAUAAUUCUACUCUUUUAUUGAAAGAUUAUCAAAUCGAAGGAGUCAAUUUCUUGUAUAAGAAUUUUUGUGAGAAACGUAAUUCAUGUUUGGGUCAUGAAAUGGGUCUAGGAAAAACCAUCAUUUCACUUUCAGCUUUAAAUAUUUUUCACAAGAAACUAAACCUGUGUGGCCCAUUUCUUGUGGUAGUACCUCUCAUCACUUUGGGAAAUUGGGUGCGAGAAGCAAAUACUUGGAUUCCACAUUUUGUGAUACACACGGCAUGGGGAACCAAAAUGGGUGGAUCCAAAGACGAAUCAUUGGACUCUUUAAACUCAAUUUUUAAAGAAUGUGCAGCCAAACGAAAGCCACUGCUAGUGAUCACAACAUAUGAACUGUUUAAAGAGAGAAAAAUCAAACAGAAGAAAUGGUCGUGUGUAAUUUUUGAUGAGGCUCAUCGACUCAAGUCAAGAGCAACGAAAUGGAGAGCUGAAGCGGAAACCCUCAAGACUGACCGUAUUAUAUUGCUCACAGGAACACCCAUGCAAAACAAUACUGAAGAGUUAUGGAGCUUAUUGCGUCUUAUAGCUCCUUCUAAAUUUCCAUCAUUUGACGAUUUUACAGAAAGAUUUGGAGACUUGGAAACUGAGAAUUAUAUCAAUGAAUUGAAAACAGCCAUUGCCCCAUAUAUUUUGAGAAGAACAAAAGCGCAAGUUCUAGUGGACGAGCUUCCUCCAAAAGAGGAAAUAAUUGUAGAGGUGGAAUUGACAUCAUUUCAAAAAGCAAUUUAUAGAGCUAUCGUUGAAAAAAAGGCAAGCUUUUUACGACGAAAAUUCUCUUCAACACAGGAUUUAUCAAACAUGAUCAUGUCAUUACGAAAAUGCUGCAAUCAUCCAUGUUUAAUAUCUGGCAUGGAAAAUUAUUUGAGAGAAGAAGAGAAUAAGGAUGACAAAGCGAUACUCGUUUAUAGCUCUUCAAAAAUGGUAUUGGUACACAAGUUACUAAAAAAAUUUAGAGAUGCCAAUGAAAAAGUGCUAAUCCUGUCACAGUUCCUUGAUAUGUUGGAUAUAUUAGAAGAUUAUUUAACAAUGGAACAAAUUGAAUAUGUAAGAAUAGAUGGAGGAACGAGCUCUGAAGAAAGAGAAGAGAAUAUCAAAAAGUUUCAAAAUGACUCGGAGUGCAGAGUUUUUCUCAUGUCCACAAAAGUAGGCCAGGGCGUAAACUUGACCGCAGCUAACCAUGUCAUAAUAUAUGACAGCGAUUUCAACCCAUUUAAUGACUCACAAGCUGCAGCCAGGUGUCACCGUAUUGGACAGCAAAAGAAGGUUUUUGUGUAUAGACUCAUUACCAAAGAUAGUUAUGAGAAAUAUAUCAUUUUGAGAGCUAGCAAAAAACUAGGCAAGGAAAAAGUGGUGCUUGCUGAUAACAUGUGUGAUCAGAUUGAAUCUCUCUCCUCAGAAGAGUUGGAACGAAUGAUAAGAUAUGGAGUCUAUCACAUGUUCUUAAACAAGAGUGAAAGAGAUAAUACGAACAAGGACUCUGAGUUAGCAAAUGCGGAUAUUGAAAAAAUUUUGCAAGAAUCCAACAAAGUUAAUAUUCAAGAGGAAAAUGAAGGAGCAUUAGUAAGCAAAAUGAAUGCUUUAACACAAUGUGACGUAUUGUUAAAAAAAGAGGACAAAAUGAUAAUCGACGAGGAAAGUAAGCAAGUUGCUUCCUCGAGUCGUGACACUGUCGAAGGAGAAGCUAGUACCUCCAAUGAGCAAGCUAGCUCGAAAAAGAACGAUAACGAAGUCAUUACGAGCGCUUAUUUUGUGCCUAUCGAAGAGGUUGCAACCGAUGUCUCCCUCAACGACGAACACUUUUGGGAGAAGGCAUUCCCAGACUAUUGUGACAUUCCAACUUUGGAAAGGAGAUUGUUCGAUCCCAAACCAUUUGAAGCUCACGAGUUUGCUAACUAUUUUGAAAAGUUAUCUAAAUUGGUUCUAGAAAUGCUUGGAAAACCAAACUUGAAAACCAACGAAAGCUCUUCAAAAGGAAAAGAUUUGGGAGAAUAUCUCGAAAACGAAGUAACUACCAAAGUACAAUCUCACAACAAACAUCAACUACAUACAUUCCUUCUCAAUCUCAAUGCUCCCAACUUUAAUCCACACUAUUAUUCCAUGUCGGACAUUCAAAAAGAAACCAUUCAAGAAUGGCUUGGAUUAAUAGAAACAAAAACACUGAGAAAUCGAAAAACUUGGCAUCAAGAACAUGCACCUCAAAAAUCAUCAAGUAACUCCAAAUAUGUUGAAGCAUCUGAAAGUUCCAAUGAAAACGACAACACUGAUGAAGAUUUUCAAGUGGAUGAAGAAGAACUUGCCGAAGAAUCAGCUCAAUUGCAAGGCAUGAAAAAGAAAAAGAAGAAGAAGAAAAAAACAGAUUCCAAAGCAGCACUUGCCAAAAAGAUCGAUGUCACAAAAAUGGCUGACAAACCAUUACAACCAAGAAAAAAGAAGACCAAACAGCAAUUGAAGUUUGUGAUGGAACCAGCCAUGGGCAUGUUACAAAUUGGACAGUCAACAACAACACAGGCAACUCCCUCACAACAGCCACCACAACAAUCACGACCAUUACAAGUAACACCAAGUAGCUUAUUGGUGUCUGAAAAUGUUCAUCCACUUGUCACAUCUAGCUCUGUCACAAAUUCCAUUCACACUCUAUCGAAUACGUCGACGACAUCACCAAUUUCUUCAGCAACGACAACAACAACUUUAUCAGAAAUAUCCUCGCAUGCUCGUGCAUCUACCUCUGGUUUAGAUUCAUCCCCUGAAAGUGGACUUUCAAGCAUACUGCCUAUUCAACUGGAAGCAAGCAGUGAGAGCACUCAUUCAACAAUGGCAAGCAAUCACGUGAAUACCAAUGUUGCAACAACAACAACAACGACAACUGACUAUUCGGACAUGUUGAGCAUCAAUCGACAUGCUUUGGCUUUUUGUAGAUUACAAAGCACCACACGGGCAUCCUCUCUUCUUAACACUGCAACCAAUAGUGUCACCAGUAAUAAUAAUAAUAAUACGAGUAGUACCAUCCAUAGAACAAAUGUUCCACGAAUUGAACCUCCGCCACCUCCGCCAUCAGCACGUCCCGGACCACUCGCCUCCACAAAUGCUUCUCCUAUCAUGACAAGUUCAGUAACUCCAAGUGCCAUUACCACGCAACGUAACAGAACAGCACAACAGCGACGUUUACAAUUUCACACCGUUCAACCCUCAAUGAUUACUCGCCAACCACAGACUACUACUUCAACCUCCAGAACUGCUUUGAAUUUACGAGGGUCUUCGUCACAGCCACAACAAAUUGUAAGACUUAUGGGAUUAGUUCCCAAUCCUGUAUUUACAAGUAGUGGACCAAUAGCGACGUUUCGACCUCCACCAACAGUUCAACAACAACAACAACUUUCCACACAAAAUAAGCCUCAAACAGUUACCACUCAGUUGUCACAUCGGCCACCUCAACAAGAUAUUGUUCGACUCUUACAACCACAAACAAACAAUCAACAACCAAAUGUGAAUUCCCUAACACAAUUGCAACAGUUUCAAUUACAGCAACAAAUACUUGCAACAUUACGUACGCAAUCUCAGUAUAUGAAUGUGAUGAAUAAUCGUUCUGUGAAUAAUAAUAGCACCGGGAUUACAAACAACACUACUACUUCACAACCAAUGAUUUCACAUCAAACACAAAUUUCUAACAAUAUUUCAACAACGAUUGUUUGUCCUCCAUAUCCUUACAUGUGGUCUCAACAACACACAAAUACCACUGGAAACAUGAAUAGCUCAAAUCAGCCACCAAUUCAUAAUAUUCAACAACAUAGAAAUUCCAGCUCUUCACCUAUUAGUGUCAAAAGUGAUGACAGUGAGAAAACAGUGGUUGGUCCACCCUUGACUCAAUCACGUAAUAACAGUGUAAAUCCUAACCUACAAACAAUGGGAAGCUCAGCAACAAUGGUUCCGCCUACUACAGUGUCUCAAACGCACCAAAGUGCGUAUCGAAUGAACUUGGAACGACUUGUGCAGGACCAAAACUAUCAAUUGCAACAACGUAGUAACACUGUUUUGACCCUCAACAAUGUCCCAAAUCAACAACAAUCUUCUAAUCAAGCCGCCCAUACCAUUCCACAACGUACAGCUCCCUACAAAUUCGAACCAUUCAAUCUAAGACCAUCCACGAACGGAAGCAAUAACCCAAAUAGUCGGUAG